AUGACCAACAUCAUAAUAGACCAUCAAAGCACAUUCACUGCAUAUAUACUAGCAUUAUCAAUAUACUUCAAAUAUCUUCAUCUACGGAAUUUGAAAAUCAUGAUUAUUGAAAAUGAAAUAUCACAAUCUUUAGAUACUAAACCUUGGUGUGGAAUAUCAACUUUAAAUAAUUUCAAGUUAUCUAAUCAAGAUUUCAUUAAUUAUUUAAUACAAUUUACUAUUACAUUAGGGAGUAUAUCGAUUCGACCAGUUUCACCAAAUCCCGAUACGCCAAUAAAAGAAAUCAUGAAUACUACUAUUGAUUCUAGAAAUUAUGUCGGUCUAUUAUAUCAUCCUAUUGAUUUAAUGAAUAAGAUUAGAUUUGCCAUGUUUCGUUCUGGCCGUGUUCUGUUUGUGUCACCAAAUGUAAAUUUCAAUCAACCAGGACCACUACAUCAAAACUUAUCAGGAAUUAGAGUGGUCACAACUACUGCUAUGAGAAAUUCUCACAAUAUCAAUUCUUUUAUUUAUCAUUCAAAUAUGAUUGGUACAAGAUGUCGAAAUGGGAAUUUACCAUCACAAAUAUUAUGGUUGCCCAAAUUUUCCUCAGAUAAUCAUAUCAAUUGUACUACUACAAAUAACCUGCAAAUAAUGUUAGACUUGAGUAUUGAACCAUAUGCAUAUAUUGAUUUGAGUUAUGCAUUGAAACAAUGUGAUAUGAUACUUGACACCAUAGACAAGUUAAUGGGUAGUUCAAUUCCAUUAAGUAAUAGAUUAUAA